AUGGCAGCCCUAGCCUUGAAGGCCAUCAGCGUCGGCGCAGAGAAGGUUCCCGACAAGUUCUUCGAAAAGAUCCCCGGAGGCUACUUCACACCCGCAGAACAGAAAGAGAUCAAGAAAACCCGUAAAGAACGCAGCGACAGACACGAAAGAGAACGACACCACAGCGAAGAAAGAUCCAGUAAGCGCAGCUCACGACAAGAGCGCAGCCCGCCGAUUGAGUACUCCGACUACUACACGGACGACACCGACUACGAGCGCGAACGAGAGCGACGAAAGAGAGAGCGACGACGCGCAAAGAGCACUGGAACGACUGCUAGUAGAGGUCUGAGUCGGGGACGACACAGUAGACAUAGUAGCGACUUGGACGGACAGCACAGCCCUCCAAGAGACAUGGCUCAACCACAGCAGGGACAGCCCUACUUCCCUCCUCCGCCUACAUCCGAGUAUAAGCCGUAUAAUCCACAGGAGUAUGCUCCUAGCCCCGUCCAAGAUCACCGCCCAUCUGCUACUCCUGCCUACGGAUACUCUCCUCAGCCAGCACCUGCAGAGCCACGUGGUGUCACCCUAGACUAUGGCCAGCGCGAUGCUCCCAGAAGCUCUAGGUACAUUCCUGGCCCUGGAUACGCGCCGUCGCCCGCGGUAGACGCGCCCAUUCCGCCUCCACCUGUUGGCUCGAAUUCUCCUAUGAACCCCUACCAUCAUACCGAGUUCCCUGCGACUGGCGCUGGCUACCAACCGUCUCCGCCGCCCUUUAGCCGCCAGCGCUCCAACUCUCAGCCGACUUUUGCGCCUGCUUUUGCGCCAGUGCCUAGCGCAGUCUACCCGACCUACAUUCCCCCGUCCGCUGAACAGCCAGUGGUCGCUUACAACGACUCCCAACCUCGCUCUCGCCGGGAGAGCACCAAGCCUCGUCGUGAACAUCGUCACAGGGCUAGGUCCGUUGACUCUCACUCCCAUCAGUCCCGCUCUAGCAAAGACCACCGUCGAGAUGAUUCGCGCAUGACUAAAGUGCGCGAUAGAUUCGAUAGCAUGGAUCUGCGCGAAAAGAGCCUGGCGGCGUCGGUGGGAGGAGCAGCUGCGGGUGCGUUGGGUGCCAGACAGAUUGCGACACGCUCAAGAAGCCGAAGCGAUCGCCACUCCACGUCCCGUUCUCGCUCCCGAUCCCGGACUCGCGCGCAUGAACGUGAGCGCAGCAAAGGUCCUGGCUUGCGUGCUAGAAGCCGCAGCGUAAUCGAUCGCUUCCGUUCCAAGUCCCGUGGCCACGACGAUCGCGAUUCGCGAAAAGACGAUAGGCGCGAUCGCGAUCGCCGUCCAGACCAUGGAUACGACUAUGGUCGCGAUGAUUACGAUUACUUCAGUAGCGACUCUGAGGGUGAUGGCAGCCCUGUCAAGACGAGGCGACACCGAAGGAGGGACUACUAG